GUCCCACUUGUUCGAACCCCCCAAAUUCUUCACUCACCUUCUUUGUACACAAAAGCGAACCAAAAACAACAAAACACAAAAUUUCUCACUUUCACUUUCGUAGCCAAAACAACAAAAAUGUCAGUCGGACUCGGAAAAUGCACCAAGAUCCGUCACAUUGUCAGGCUGCGCCAAAUGCUGCGGCGGUGGCGCAACAAGGCCCGGAUGUCGGCCAACCGCAUACCCUCCGAUGUCCCCGCCGGACACGUGGCGGUCUGCGUGGGUAGGAGCUGCAGGAGAUUCGUGGUGCGGGCGACGUACCUGAACCACCCCGUCUUCAAGAAUCUACUAGUACAAGCCGAAGAGGAAUACGGGUUCAACAACCAUGGCCCGCUUGCCAUUCCCUGCGAAGAAUCGCUCUUCGAGGAAGUUCUCCGCUUCAUUUCCCGAUCCGAGUCCGGUAACUCUAGCACCCGGUUCGUCAAUCUCGAGGACUUUCAGAGAUACUGCCACGUUGGCAUCAGGAGUAACCUGGAUUUUUGGCCCGAUUCUCGGCCCUUGCUUCAUGGGUUUGCAGAGAAGAGUAUAUGGUAAGUUUCAAAACCAGCUGAUUGGGGUGGUUUUAUUUCUAUAUAUAAUAAAGAGAAUGCUUUUGGUUCUAACCCGGGUGUGACUCAGUCCGAGUUUGCUCUCGCUCCAAGGAAGCCCAUCGGGUUAAAUGAAUUAGAGUGAGUGACUGAGUUCAGGUUCACAGUUGAUUCGGCUGAGUUUUGUUACCGAGUGUGGAUCAUCUAUUUUUUAUGGGAAUUUUACUUUACCAAAUGGAUUGGUAAAGGCUGGAGCCGAGUAACUGAGCCUGGAUAUAUAGAAAAAAUGCUCCGAAGAAUGCAAUGGAGAUGGCAAAAUGGGUGGGGGAGUUGUCCACCGAGUCGUCCCGGGUUCGAAUCGGAGUGGAGGCAGAUUCUUGAAACUUUAAUUUGAAGCAGAGGCAGGCAAAGAACCAAAAAAAAAAAAAAAAAAAAAAAAAAAAGAAAAGUGGAAGAAAUGGAUAUUGAUUGGGUCGCUUUUUUAUUUCUAUUUUUUGUAAAUUCUGUGAUUUAUUGAUUAAUUAAUGAAAAAUUGUAGAGAAAUUCCGGUAUAAA